UACUAAGCAGAGCUCAGUGUGGACUGAAGUGGACUGAAGUGGUCCGGGAUGGCGUCUCUUCUGCAGCCGGACAGAGUCGUCUAUCUGGUCCGCGGGGAGAAAAGGAUCAGAGCCCCUUUAUCUCAACUUUAUUUCUGUCGCUACUGUAGUGAGCUACGAUCUCUAGAAUGUGUGUCUCACGAGGUGGAUUCACACUAUUGCCCCAGUUGUCUGGAGAACAUGCCUUCUGCAGAGGCUAAGCUGAAAAAGAACAGAUGUGCCAAUUGUUUCGACUGCCCGUGUUGCAUGCACACUCUGUCUACUCGAGCCACAAACAUCCCAGCUCCUCUGCCUGAUGAUCCUACCAAGACGGCCAUGAAGAAGGCCUAUUAUUUGGCCUGCGGCUUCUGUCGCUGGACUUCGAGGGAUGUAGGAAUGGCUGACAAAUCAGUUGCAAGCGGUGGAUGGCAGGAGCCAGAGAACCCUCAUACUCAGCGGAUCAACAAGCUGAUCGAGUAUUACCAGCAGCUGGCUCACAGAGAGAAACAGGAGAGAGACAGGAAGAAGCUGGCCAGGAGGAGACAGUGCAUGCCUCUGGCGUUCUCGCAACACACUAUUCAUGUGGUGGAAAAAUAUGGUCUUGGGACCAGACUGCAGAGGCAGAGGUCUGGAGCGCCCAUAUCAAACCUGGCUGGCCUCUCCCUUAAGGAGGGUGAGGACCAGAAGGAGAUCAGCAUUGAACCUGCCCCUGCCCUUGAUGAAGUGGAACCACUGCCUGAGGAUUGUUACACCAGACCCAUCAGCUUACCCGAGGUGACCACACUGCGCCAGCGGCUGCUGCAGCCUGACUUCCAGCCUGCGGGGGCGUCUCAGCUCCACCCCAGACACAAACACCUCCUGAUGAAGCGCUCACUGCGCUGUAGGAAAUGUGAGCACAACUUGAGCAAGCCAGAGUUUAAUCCCACUUCAAUCAAGUUCAAGAUUCAGCUGGUGGCUGUGAGUUACAUCCCCGAAGUGAGAAUUAUGUCAAUUCCAAAUCUCCGGUUCAUGAAGGAGAGUCAGGUGCUGCUGACGCUGACCAACCCCGUGGAGAAUAUCACCCACGUCACACUGGCUGCUUGUGAGGAGGAAGAUCCUGAUGAAAUCAACAGCACUGCUAAGGUAAUGGUACCAAGCAAGGAGCUGGUCUUGGCAGGAAAGGAUGCUGCUGCCGAGUAUGAUGAACUGGCUGAACCUCAGGACUUCCAAGAUGACCCAGAUGUUGUUGCCUUUAGGAAAUCCAACAAGAUUGGUUUCUUCAUCAAAGUGAUCCCUCAGAAAGAAGAGGACGGGGAUGUCACUGUUUCAUUCAAGAUCAGACACGACUUCCGCAACCUCGCAGCUCCCAUCAAGCCGAGCGAGGAGGGCGGAGACACCCCCGCAGAGGCCAUCUGGCUCACCCACCACGUAGAGCUGAGCCUGGGGCCGCUCGCCCCCUGAACAUGAAUACUCUGUUAACCAUCAAACAGUCCUAGUGUCGGGUUCUUUGAAAUACUUUCUUUAAAAGAUGUGAUUUAAAAAUGACUUCUGAUUCUGCUUAUUGAUAUGUAAGGACGGUAAGAGAUCUAAACUGUUGUUUCUCAGUUUUGUUGUUGUUGUGUAAGUUAAAGUUGUAUCAACAGAUUCAUUACAGAACAUUCAUUGAUUGUAUUGCAUAGUCUUUGAAACUUAAGAACACAGGCUGACUGCUGAAUGCCUGAAACGUUUAACUUUGCUGAACAAUUUCUUUUUAUUGUCUGUUCUUAUUGCAAUAUCCAAACAUGCACAUAUACUACAUUCACCAUAUCAUACUUAGCUUUAACACUGAACCACUUUUACUGGGAUGUUCCUGACAGGAAACAUCCUUCUUGUAUAGUGAUAAAUAUUGGGUAUCUCUCAAAUUCAUUUGUUAAGAGUUGCUCGAUGUCCAUAAACAGCACAGUGUCUUUCCUAGCACUUAAGUGUUUCUUUUUUUUUGUCUUAGUAAUUAGAUGAGCUGUUGAUUUUUGUGUGUGUGGGACUUAGUGGGAAAGUAAUGCGUGAUGAGCGUUUCCAAUGAGCAGAAUCAGAAAUCAUAACUGAGAACAAUCCAAACUAUUCCAACAGCAGCACACACCUGCGCUUUUAGCCGAUGUAUCCUUGUAAACAUCCUUUCAAAUCCUAUUAACUCGCAUGCUUCAACUGUCGUAUAUAUUGCACACGUUAGACAUCACGGUUACUGAUCCUGUGCGGUUUUCAUACCAGAAGGUGAUUUUACUAUUGUUUGAAGUCAAACAGUUAUUCUUAUCGGCACUAUUUGAGAGGAUGUAGAAGAGGCUCUGUAAAAAGCAUAAAGUACAAAGUGUUCUUCAUUUAAACCUACCGAGACACUACCAUCAUUUUCUAACUUAAAUGUAUUUUGUUUGGUAGAGUUCACUGACAUCUCUGUCGGUGCAUAUUGAAGCUGCUGUCCUGUUUGGUCUCACAUGUGUUAGUAAGUCGGAGCCUUGAAACAACAACAACAAACAAAGUUAAUCCUCUGUACAUGCUAAUAAAAUUAUGUGAUACUGCAA